UCGCGUACGCCUUGGUGAGUGGUGUGCGUGUUACUUUGUUCCUCGAGACUCCAAUUGAACAGCAGGGUUGUUUCGAAGCGCGAUUCGCUCUUAUCAGCAAUGAACAAGCAAACAUGUGGAUGGUGCUAAUCCCACCCUGUGAAAAAAAAACAUUCCGAUGAACACCGACAGUAGUCCGGUACGAUGCGCCACAAAAAGUUUCUUUGCGCUGUGUUAGCUAUAUCGUUAGCUAUAAUAUUUUGUCGAAAGAAACAUGCGCCAGUUGUUGACGACAGUUGGUGGAAGACGGCUGUGGUGUAUCAGAUUUAUCCUCGAUCAUUUUACGACGCCGAUGGCGAUGGCAUUGGCGACAUUCAGGGAGUGAUUCAAAAGCUGCACUAUCUGCGUGAAAUUGGAAUCGAUGCUAUCUGGUUAAAUCCGAUAUUCAAAUCACCACAAGUGGACUUCGGUUAUGAUGUCAGUGACUACUACCAAGUGGAUCCGUUGUACGGAAGCAAUGAUGAUCUGGAUGUGCUUUUCCUGGAGGCUCAGAGGGCGGGCAUUAAAGUCAUCCUGGAUUUUGUGCCAAAUCACACCUGCAAUCAACAUGAUUGGUUUUUGAAAUCGGUGCAAAGAAUCGAGCCGUUUACUGAUUUUUACAUCUGGCACACUGGGAAGCACAAUCCGAACGGAAGUCGACCGGAACCGCCGAACAAUUGGCAAUCAUCUUUCUACGGAUCCGCUUGGGAAUGGAACGAUCACAGGCAAGAGUAUUAUCUUCAUCAAUAUGCGGUUGGUCAACCGGACUUGAACUAUCGCAAUCCUAAGGUAGUUGAAGCGUUCGAUGAACUGCUACGCUUUUGGAUGCUCAAAGGAGCUUCCGGAUUUCGCAUAGAUGCAGUCAAUCGUAUGUUUGAAGACAGACACUUUCGUGAUGAGCCAAUCAAUGAUCCAGCCGAUCCUCUUAGCUAUCGGUACACGCAUCAUAUUUUUACACGAGAUCAACCGGAAACAUACGAAGUGAUAGCUCAUUGGCGCAAGGUUUUGGAUGAAUUUACGAAGAAAAACGGUAGGGAAGAAAUCAUCAUGUUGACGGAGGCAUAUUCCAAUCUGACUUCAAUCAUCCGGUACUACCAAUCGGAGGAUGGAUCGCAGCAGAGAGCCCAAUUACCAAUAAAUUUCUCGUUGAUGCAAACGUUGCACCGUAAUUCAACGGCCUACGACAUCAAGCGGCUUGUCGAUGAAUGGAUUAUGCAGAUGCCACCGGGAAAGGUAGCCAACUGGGUCUUAGGAAGUCAUGACAAAUCUCGGAUUGCAAGCCGAUUUGGACGGGAACGGGUCGAAGCGAUGGCAUUGUUGACCCUUGGAUUGCCCGGGGUAGCUUUUCUCUACUAUGGUGACGAAAUUGGAAUGGAGGAUUACAGAGAUAUCAGUUACGAAGAUACGGUUGAUCCGAAGGGUCGUAAUCAGGGCCCAGAGAAGUACAAGCAGAUGUCCCGAGAUCCGGUUAGAACACCGUUCCAAUGGGAUGAUGGCAAAAAUGGUGGAUUUUCGUCGGCUGCAAAAACAUGGUUACCGGUACAUCCUAGUUAUGAGGCACUCAACUUACGCAACCAGAAGCCAUUGAAUGACAGUAUAUUUAAUUUCUAUGCAAACUUCUUACGCAUCCGCCAAGAUCAAAUUUUCAAGGAAGGCAAGUUAAUAUCUAAGGCCUUUAGCAAACAAGUUUUUGUCUACGUUCGGUAUCUUUCAAAACCUGGAGAACUUUCUACAACACCAUAUCGAGCGGUUAUUAUCAAUUUAUCAGCUGGCUCCUACAUUGUCGAUUUGGGAGAGUUACUACACAUAGAAGGCUAUGCUAAAGUUUUAUUAGUAAGGAAAAAAUCUAAUUUGUUUGUUGGUGACACAACUGAUCCAAGGCAUCUACCGGUAGAGCCUUACGGAGCCAUCGUUGUUGGUAAUUAGGUAACUUCAGAAAAAAGAUUGCAUUCCGGGUCAAAUACAAGUGUGUUACAAAUGGCAAUAACUUGACGUCUGCUUAGCGGCUUGUGUUGAUCCGCGAGGUGGGAUUAGCAGUUCAACAUAAUCUGCUAAUGCACUGAUGUGCCGAAGGCGAAACAUAACAAAACAUAAAUAGUUAUGUGCCCUUUAGCACAAACCGAUACCUACGAGGAUCCCUUUUCGUCAUACAAAUCCUCUGCGUAUUUCAAAUAUUUCUGACGUUCAACGUACUGGAAAUUGCGUUUUGAUUACCACUGUUAAUAUUAAUUUAAAAAUAUAUAGAGCAUCUAAAAUCUAAUGACUUUCAGACCAAGCGACGAAAAUUAUAUUUUUUUUCUGUUAUGUUAAAUAUGCACCGAACUAGUCAUUUUAUAGCAUUAGUAUUGCAUUUUAUAGCAUAUAACUUGUAUACUGGUCAAUG